AUGGAGCAGAUGGGCGUAAUCACAAAAGUUACGGAGCCGACCGACUGGGUCAGCAGCCUGGCAUUCAGUCGCAAGUCAAAUGGGCGACUGCGCGUGUGCCUAGAUCCCAAGGAUCUUAACACGGCAAUCAAGCGUCCACACUACAAGACUCCCACGUUGGAGGAGAUCACGCACAGAUUUGCCGGGGCGACUACCUUCUCGAAACUUGAUGCCCGUCAUGGGUACUGGUCGAUAUCAUUGGAUGCGCAAUCGAGCUGGCUCACGACGUUCAACAGCCCGUUCGGCAGAUAUCGUUUCCGGAGGCUCCCGUUCGGACUAAACGUGAGCCAAGAUGUGUUCCAGAAACGUAUGGAUCAUAUUCUGGAGCAGUGUCCAGGCACCACUGGCAUUGCAGAUGAUGUUGCGGUGUUCGGUAAAUCAAAGGAAGUGUGA